AUGAGUCUCAAAAAGUUAGAGAAAUCAAAAACCGAGACGCUAAAAUUUUACGACUUAUCGAAGCCAUUUUCAAAGGAAAAUGAAGUCUUCGAAAUUCAAGAAGCAAGACGAAAAAGAAUUGAAACAUUUUGCUCGGAAAAACGAAGCGACGAUUUUCUACCUCAAGAUUCCUUACGUUUUACAAAAAUGCCCAAGUUUGAGUCAAUUUACGAAUUCACUACAGAGGACGUCCAAAAUCCACCAGCGUAUAUAAUGACCGAAGACCCUAUCAAGCGAUUUUUGAGAUAUUAUCACGCAAAUGCUCGAUCAUCAACCAAAAAGCCUUCAAAAUUCAUCCUUUCUGCGAUAAAAUGGAAAUACUCAAUCCUCAUUCCUGAUGGAAUAAAGGUUUCUGUUGAUUUGAGCAUCGAUGAAUUCGCGAAGUUUUUUCUUCUGACUGCAAAAUCGAAUCAAACUGAAAUCCCUCUAUCGCUCAAGAAGCAAGUCGACAAAUGCCAUAUUUGCAGCACACAGCCAAAAUUUCAAGCAAAAAUUGAAACCGUGUCAGAAGAUAUGAAAUUUCUGUACGAUCAGUUCAAUAUUCCCGCUCCCCAUCAAAAAGAAAAGGACGAGAAAAAUUAUAUUGACCUGUAUAAACCGAAACUGAGCACGUCUUUACUGAAAGAACUUUUAGAGUUUUACAAAGAUGAUUACUCUACGUUUGAUUACAACGCAGAUCAGUACCUAAAAUAA